CCAACGGGAUGCUCAGCUUGGACCUGGAGGCGGCCUGGUCGGCGGCAGAGGGUUUGGACUCGAGAGCCGCGUCGGGAUUCCUGCAGGCCCUGGAGAACCUGACCGGCCUCCUGCUGCCCCCAGACCAGGGCUUCAACCUCUCCCUCCCCAACCUGGAGCUCCUGAGCCUCCGCCUGGACCCCGACCGGGAGGACGAGGGGUUCCUGAAGACCUUCGACACGGACCCCCCGGCCUCGGUGCGCAUCGCGGAGGAGGAGGUGGAGGAGCUGCUGCGCCGGGAGGGCAGCCUCACCAUCACCGCCUUGGCCCUGAAGCGCAUGGAGGGCAUCCUGCCCCACAGCCGCCUGGCCAGCCUGGUCAUGUCCAACGCCAUCAGGUCCCCCAACGGGAGCGUGACGGACGUGGUGGUCCAGAUGGUGUUUGGCCACCGGAACGCGACCGACGGAGAGGAAGGCGGUGAGGAAGGGGUGGCUGAGUGCGUCUUCUGGAACCACAGCCUGGUGGGCGGGGAGGGGGCCUGGUCCACGGAGGGAUGCCGGACCUCCAUGACCACCGAAGGGGCCACCAACUGCACCUGCCGCCACCUGACCUCCUUCUCGGUCCUCAUGUCCGCCGGCCCCGUGCCCAGCAGCGCGGCCCUGACUGUCCUGAGCACCGUCGGCCUCUGCGCCUCUGUCGUGGCCCUCAUGGCCACCCUCCUCAUCUACUACCUGGUCUGGACCUCGGUGGUGAAGAACAAGGUCUCCUACUUCCGCUACACGACGCUGGCCAACCUGGCCUUCUCCCUGCUGCUGGCCAGCCUGUGCUUCUUGACCGCCUCCCGCCUGACCGCCGGCCACGAGAGUCCGCUCUGUGUGGCGGCCGCCUUCUUCUGCCACUUCUUCUACCUGGCCACCUUCUUCUGGAUGCUGGUCCAGGCCCUGAUGCUCUUCCACCAGCUGGUCUUCGUCUUCCACCAGUUGAGCAUGAGCGCCGUCGCGCCGGCCAUGCUGGCCCUGGGCUACCUCUGCCCGCUGGCCAUCGCCGCCGCCACCAUGGCCGCCGCCUUCCCGGCCCGGCAAUACCUGCAGGAGGGGCUGUGCUGGCUCAGCGCCCGCAGCAAGGCCCUCUACGCCUUCUCCAUCCCGGUCCUGGCCAUCGUCGCGGUCAACCUGGCGGUGCUCGUGGUGGUGCUGAUGAAGCUGAUGCGGCCCUCCGUCUCGGAGGCGCCUCCCGGGGAGGAGCGGCGGGCGCUGGUGGGGCUCUUCAAGGCCCUCCUGGUCCUGACGCCCGUCUUCGGCCUGACCUGGGGGUUGGGGGUCAUCACCAUGACCGGACAAGCCUCUCCGGCCACCCACUACGCCUUCACCCUCCUCAACGCCUUCCAGGGCGUCUUCAUUCUGAUCUUUGGCUGCCUGAUGGACAGGAAGGUGAGAGGAGCUCUGGCACAACGCUUCUGUAAACAACCCCCCAGCAAGACCAGCACCAUGCAGAGCAAAUCUGAAACGCUGGGCUCCAAGGCUGGCCGCUAAGAGGAAUCCUGCAGUCUUACAGGAUUGUGAAGCUGGAAGGGUCACCAGGACUGACACAGAGCAAUCACAUUCACAAAGUGCUCCUAAAAGACUGCUGCCCAACCGUUGUUUACAAACCUCCAUGGAUUUAUUAAUUUUAUUGACUUUGUUUUAUACCCCACUCUCCCUCCUUUAUUGAGGGUCUCAAAGUGUCUGACUGUUGGCAACUCUUCGAUGCCAUUCAAACCUAGGACAAUACAAACUCAAAUACAUGUAAAUCGAGCAACACAAAGAAUUUCUAACAACCCAUAAAAACAAUACAUGAUAAUACAAUAUUAAGCUAUAGAGAACCAGCUAUAUUUAUGAAAAGCUCCAACCCACUCCCUGCCCACCUUCUGAAAGAUUGGGGGACACACAUCAUCAUAAUCACCACCACCACUACCAUCACCAUCACCACCAUCAUCCUGCUUUUAUCAUAGCCAGGCUUACUUUGAGAAGGUUCUUCUCAAGGUUAAGCUGGAACUUCUCUUGAAGUCCAGGUUUGUAGGAAAAGGCAUUGCAGGUGAAGAAAGGAAGUUUUGUUGGAAAGCAGCAGCCCAUGUUUUUACUUACAGGAUACAGGGCAUUUUGCUUUUAGAAUCCUAGAAUCCCAGUUGGCCGAGGCCCUGAGGGCCAUCCAAUCCAACUGUCGUGAAUACUUUCCGAACCUUAGCAUGUUCUUAAAUCCGUUUUGCAGUGUAACAGGAUGCAUCAGGCACGACCAGAGAAACAAGUAGACACACAGACUUCAGUACUGGUUUUAUAACAGCUAUAUUGGUUACACAGGUGAGACAUCCCAGGGAAGGAGGGAAGAACAUUGAGAAAACCACUGAAAGGAUAUGUCCAGGUUAGUGAAUACAACUAGGAAGAAAUCAUGGAAUCCCAGCCAUGGGCAAACUUGGGCCUUCCCUUCAGGUGUUUUGGACUUCAACUCCCACUAUUCCUAACAGUCUCAGGCCCCUUCCUUUCAGAAGAUGGAAAAGCUCCACAACCUCUGCCAAAAGAAGACCAGGAGCAGAUUGUGGUUCAAACUAGAUAUGUACUAUUAAAACAAAUUGACUGGAGCUAGAACAGGCAUGAGCCAACUUGGGUCUUCCCUCCAGAUGUUUUGGACUCCAACUCCCACCAUUCCAGUAGGCUGUUAGGAAUAGUGGGAGUUGAAGUCCAAAACACCGGCAGGGAAGGCCCAAGUUUGCCCAGGUUCGGUCUAGACACUACACUCUUCUUGAUGCAGCCUAGCACUGGCUGGGUUUUAAAUCCCACUGCAAUUUGGGGAAAUCACACAUAAACAGACAAACAUCUCUUGUAAUGUUGCACUCAUUUAUUAAGGCCACGGUGUGCAGACUGACAUUGCUUUCAAUGGUGGAGACUAGACGCUUCCUUUCACGGGCCCUUCCGAUUUCAUCACAGUCCUCUUUUGAGAACGGAACGCUCUCCAUCCCUUUAAAUACCAGAUUGCUCAUCUGCACGGUCUUUCCUGUGACAACGGGAAGUCUCCAAAUCCGCACGUCCGUUCCCGUGAGCUGAAAGGGCUUGCCGCUAAAUCGAUGGGCACAUGGCAGGAGACCCAUUCCUUACUUAAAUAUUGCAGAGAGACUCGUGAGGGUCCAUCCGUCCACUGGCUGCUCCGGCCAGCUUUUGCAAGAGACUAAAAAGUAUUUACAAAGGCCACUGAAGGGGUUUUGGGGCUGGUGCUUCGGAAGGGAGAUUGCAGGUUUGCAUUGCGCCUUUACUGCGGGUAAAGCUCCACAAGCAUCGCGUGGCCCUUGAGAGAAAGAGAGAGAGAAAGAUAUCUUAGGAUCUUAGUGUCUGAAGGACCGUCUGGAACUCUCAGGAUAUAAAUAUUUAUAGUGUUGUGGUUCAGUCUGAUGAUGAAAGGGGAUUUGGGUUUAUGCAGGCUGACCAAGGAAAUGUUGAAGGCUCUGAAUUGUCAGAAAGGUCGCAGACUGGCAGGGAAGCAGAAGGUUGUGAUAAACAGACUAAUAGUGAAGCAGAAGUCAGUGAUAAGGGUGACCUUUCACAGGAUUCAUAACAUCAACAAGUCCCAGGUGGCUCUGGCAGUGAGUCAGAGGAGUCUUCCUUAGAUAGGGAUACAAGUUUAAGGUUAAGAAUUCAUCGUCCAAGACGUUCUUAGAAUAGCUGGUAAACGUGUGGGAGCCCAAGGACAAAAGAAAGCUUUCUUGGCCUGUAAGCAUGGUUAAAUAAGGGAGAAACAGGGAAAGAUUUCAGACGAAGCAAUGUCGAUUUUGGAAGCUAAGUUCCUGUCUUGUCAUUGCUCAUGGAAAAGGAUUCUUGUUUUUGUUCAUGACUGGAUCCUGUGAUUUGGAGUUCAUGCUGCCUUGUUUUCAGGCCUGAUUUGCUAUAUUAGAGACUUUGAACUAUAUUCUACAGAUUGCCUUUGCAUUUGGAUUAUUGCUUUUUACUGACUGCCUUUACAUUUGGAUUAUUGCUUUCUUUACUGCUUUUUAUGCAGAUUUUACUAUCUUUUAUCAAUAAACUGUUAAAAUCAA